CGGCUGUCAUUUUGAAAUGUUUGCACUUUGACGUGUCUCAACCGUAUUUGACACAAAAGCUACACCGAGCAUUCUAUACGUAUAUUUGUGUGUUUGCCAUCACAUAUAGUAUCUAUGAAAAUUUGUGUGUGCCGGCCGAGAAUGUAUGGCGACGUGUCACUGUUAGAAAAUUAAUGUUAAAACAUAAUAGCUGUGAAAAAUCGUUGUUAUUCAUUCGGUCGAUCAAUAGAUAAAGGACGAAACGGGGGAGCUUGCUGAACGAGAAAGAAAAAAGUACUUCAAUGGUUCAGCUUAGCAAAUAAAUCAGAUAAUUUAAGAAAAUUUCUAGAUAUUUUGUUUAUGGACAAUGAAGACAUCUAAAGGUAUAGUUAUCAAUCGAAAGGCAGCCGGCUGGAGUAGUUUAAUUACUUUUGCCGUGCUAAUGCUGGCAUGGAUAUCAGGAUUUGCAUCCCGAUUAUUCGCUGUCAUUCGUUUCGAGAGUAUCAUUCAUGAAUUCGACCCUUGGUUUAACUAUCGUGCCACGGCAUAUAUGGUUGAGCGCGGUUUCUAUCAAUUUUUGAAUUGGUUCGAUGAGAGAGCAUGGUAUCCAUUGGGACGUAUCGUUGGUGGAACUGUUUACCCCGGCUUGAUGAUUACAUCGGGCGGCAUUCACUGGCUGUUACAUGCAUUGAAUAUUCCCGUACACAUUCGUGAUAUUUGCGUAUUUCUUGCGCCAAUAUUCAGUGGUUUAACUUCAAUUUCGACAUACCUGUUGACAAAAGAAUUAUGGUCACCGGGAGCUGGUUUGUUUGCCGCCAGUUUCAUAGCCAUCGUGCCAGGUUAUAUAAGCCGAUCAGUAGCUGGUUCAUAUGACAACGAAGGCAUUGCCAUUUUUGCACUGCAGUUCACCUACUAUUUGUGGGUGAAAUCGGUGAAAACCGGUUCAGUGUUCUGGGCUGCAAUGGCCGCACUCUCCUAUUUCUACAUGGUUUCAGCAUGGGGCGGAUAUGUUUUCAUUAUCAAUUUGAUUCCGUUGCAUGUGUUUGUUCUAUUACUCAUGGGACGUUAUUCACCACGUCUAUUCACCAGUUACACAACCUUCUAUAUCUUGGGCUUGUUGUUCUCAAUGCAAAUUCCAUUUGUUGGUUUCCAACCGAUCCGUACCAGCGAGCACAUGGCCGCAUCCGGUGUGUUUGCAUUGAUCUUGGCCGUGGCACUUCUGAAGCACUUGCAAACCAUCCUCUCGAAACAAGAAUUCAAAAAACUCUUCAUCAUCGGUGCAUUGGCUGCCGCAGCGCUCGUCUUUGGCGUUGUCGUUGUUUUGACUCUUUGCGGCGUCGUUGCACCAUGGAGUGGUCGAUUCUAUUCGCUUUGGGACACUGGCUACGCUAAAAUCCAUAUUCCGAUCAUUGCAUCGGUGUCAGAGCAUCAGCCGACCACUUGGUUCUCAUUCUUCUUCGAUUUACACAUUUUGGUGUGCACAUUCCCCGUUGGCAUUUGGUACACUAUUAAGCACAUCAAUGAUGAACGUGUGUUUGUCAUUUUGUACGCCAUUAGCGCUGUUUACUUUGCCGGUGUCAUGGUUCGUUUGAUGCUCACACUCACACCAGUCGUGUGCAUUUUGAGUGGAAUCGCCUUUUCAGGCCUACUCGAUGUAUUCCUUCGUGAAGACAACUUACCGGAAAAAUCACAGAAAGACGAAACCGAUGAACAACCAACCGAGAAAAAACAACUUUACGAUCGGGCUGGCAAAUUGAAGCAUCGUCCAAAACAUGAAACGGCACAUGAUUCGAACGGUGGAAUUGGAUCAAAUUUGAAGAGCAUUGUGGUCGUUGCAAUUCUAAUGCUAUUGAUGAUGUUCGCCGUGCAUUGCACCUGGGUCACGAGCAACGCUUACUCUAGUCCAUCGAUUGUGUUGGCUUUCUACAAUGGAAAUGAUGGAACUCGAAACAUUUUAGAUGAUUUCCGUGAGGCUUACUAUUGGUUAUCUCAGAAUACGGCCGAUGAUGCACGCGUUAUGUCAUGGUGGGAUUACGGUUAUCAGAUAGCGGGAAUGGCGAAUCGAACGACGCUAGUAGAUAAUAAUACGUGGAACAAUAGUCACAUCGCACUGGUUGGCAAAGCGAUGUCAUCACCUGAAGACAAGGCCUAUGAAAUCAUGACAUCACUCGAUGUCGAUUACGUUUUAGUCAUUUUUGGUGGUGUUAUUGGCUACUCCGGCGACGAUAUCAACAAAUUCUUGUGGAUGGUGCGUAUUGCUGAAGGUGAACAUCCAAAGGAUAUUCGGGAAAGUGAUUUCUUCACCGAACGCGGUGAAUUCCGUAUCGACUCAGAAGGUGCACCCGCAUUGCUAAACUGUUUAAUGUACAAAUUGAGCUACUAUCAAUUUGGCGAUUUAAAACUUGAUUACCGUGGACCAUCCGGUUACGAUCGUACACGAAAUGCAGUCAUUGGUAACAAAAACUUUGAUCUUACCUAUUUGGAGGAGGCAUAUACCUCAGAGCAUUGGCUCGUGAGAAUCUAUCGGGUGAAGAAGCCACACGAAUUUAAUCGUCCAAAUAUCAAACCAAGCGAACGUGUCGUUCCAUCCGGAGAUUACGUGUCGAAAAAGACUGUGAAGCGGAGAAAGGGUAUCAUUGCCCGACCAACUGUCGUCAAGGGCAAACGACCUGUGAAGUAAACCAUCCGAAAUGAAAUCAAGAAUUUUUUUUUUUAGAGUUUUCGAUAAUUUAUGAGUGCAUUGUUGAAAUUUAAUGGUCGACAGGGCAGAUCAAAAAUCACACAAAAUCACACACACACACUUUUUUCUAUCUGUUUUCUUCUUCUUUAUUUUUUGUAAUUUCAAUUUAAAAUGCAUUUUUAGCCCUCAUUUUGCGUACGUGUUUAGAUUUGUUUGACGCCUCGUUUUAAACUGAAUAUUUUCAAAAAUAUUCAACCAAACCGAACUAUUGUGAAAACAUACAUUAGUGUGUAGUAAAAUACGUUGAGGUAAUACAACAGAAAAACCAAAAAAAAACAAAAUUACAUGUAAAAUUUCAUACGAUAAGUUGAGUUAAUGAGAGAGAAAGAGAAACUAAACUAAAUAAACAAAAUAGAUUGCAAAUUAUGUUUCAAAUAAAUGCGAUACAAAA